AUGGCUCAAGUGAUAUCAGAGGAACCACAAGGGAUUGCUCCUGAAGAAGCGCCAGUAUUCUGUCGAGCACUCUACGACUAUACAUCCAAUGACGCAUCAUCUCUCAACUUCGCCGCGGGCUCCGUCAUCCAAGUCCUAACUCAGCUCGAAUCAGGUUGGUGGGACGGUGUUCUCGAAGGCGAACGAGGCUGGUUUCCUUCCAACUAUGUCCAACUAUUCGCCGAAGGCGAACUAUCAGCAUCAGAGGAGGAAGGACUUGGGGAUGACGAAGUCGAAGACGACGGUGAUGGAAGUAAGGAUGAAGUCGAGGAUGAGGCAUUUUGGAUACAACAGAGCACGCCGGAUGGGAAGACAUAUUAUUACAACACGGUGACGGGGAACAGUUUGUGGGAAUUACCGACAAAGAAAGAACGGAGGUUAUCGCUUGCGACAACGCAGACACUUCCCAUCGUGACCACGCUGCAUUCACCGAUCUACGACCAUGAAGACGAACGAUCUGGAUCAGAAGGUGAGAUCUUGUUGUUUGCUGCUCCUACGACACGGAAUGGACAAGAUGGCGCAGCGUCAAGUAGCAACCGCGCAAGCUUUGCGAGUUCGACGGGAACUGGUGCAUCGACUGCCUCUUCUAAUGCACAGCCAAUGUCCACCUUAGCGACGACACCCGGAAGCAGACCGACGGAAGGUACACUGAGCACGAUCGCAGCGUCUUCUUCCGAAGAGGACACGCUUCGUCCUAAAGGUCCGACGGCCCAACUGCUUUUCUUGGACUCUUCGACAUACCGUACCCCAACCCUUCUCGAGCUCCACCGUCAAGUCCGCUUCUCUGUCGAAAAGCUCGCGAAAUCGAUUGAGCUCGGCGCGAAGGAUGCCUUCGUCGGUGACUGCGAGGAGAUCGUCGACACGAUUUCAACACUUGUUCUCUCGUUCGAUAGGACGGAUGCGCGGUUACGCGCGCAUCAUCGUCGGAUCAUGGCUGCGCUAUCAAAAUUGGUGUUGUCGACGAAGAUCGCGGCUGGUGUCUGGCCACCUGAUGAUGCAUCUAGCAAGAUGCGGUCUGACGCCGCUGAGGUUUUGACAGCCGCCGAAGGCUUCCUGGAAGCAGUUGGCGUGAAUAAGAUGGACGUCCGACGCAUCAAACCUGGGUUCGUUGUCGGUGGACAAGUCGGUGGUGGAUGGCGCGGAAACGGGAUCAUGCCCAACUCGAAACAAGGUGGACUCGUUGACACCCCUGAUAUGCAGAAACCCACCCAAGAUUUCACCGGGGCAGAAAUGGAAAAACUCGAGAACAUCGCCCGCGAAAUCCAGAGCGCGUUGAAGAAGCUACAGGUUGCGCUAGUUACUGCGCCUGGUCCGGGUCGGAGUGCAGGGUUGGGGGGGGACGAUCAGGGUUUGUUUGCAGGAAGGGCGCUGAUGAGUGCGCAGUCGGCUUGUCAGUUCACGCGGGAUUAUUUGGUGCUGAUCGAGGGUCUUAACUUGACGAUUUUGGCACAACCGCCUAGGUCGCCGACGUUGACGGAUUUUGCGCAGACGAAGCAGACGCUGUAUGACAAUAAUGCGGAUUUGUUGAUGGCGGCACAGGGACUUACGACGGGUGUGCAGCCGUGCGCGCCGAUGUACCCUCACGAAGGGGAGCAGCGCGUUGCGGCCGUUAAGCAAGCGGCGAAGGAGUUGGGUAAGAGUGUGCAAAGUGCAGUUUUCACGCUUCAGUUCCUGGUUGAGGAGAUCGUUAUGAGGCAGAACAACCCGCAAGGCUUGCCGAACGUCGCGGAGAGGAGGAAGAGUCAGUUGAGUAUCACAAGCUCGGUCAUACACGACCCGGUGAGAGAUCGGGCUGGAAGUACCGGAAGUUUGGUGGAGAGCCCGACCAGGACGAGUGUGGGAUCGACUUUGAGUGAUUUGGAAUUCCCUCGUACACCGAAGCGGGAGAAGGGGAGUAAACUCAAGCGAUUCUUCGGUGAUGAUGCGCCGCCUCCGGCGUUCUCCGAGGUUGGAAGUCCAGCAAAGGCUGCUACACCAACGAAUGGUGCUCCUCGACAGAAUAUUGCGGACGAGCCGUGGUAUCUGGGAGUUGAGUAUGAGCAUGAAAUCAGUUAUGACAUGAAGGGGAUGGUGAAGGGUGGUACGUUCGUUGUGCUCGUUGAGAGGUUAACGAGACAUGAUUUCCUUGACUCGGCGUUUAACAAUACCCUUUUGCUGACGUACCGGUCUUUCACGACAGCUGAGGCGUUGUUCGAUGCUCUAGUUGGGCGCUUCAAUAUUAUGGCGCCUCAUGGGUUGAUGCAGGAGGAACUGGACAUCUGGGUCGAGAGGAAGCAGAAGCCGAUCAGGUUGAGGGUGUUCAAUAUCCUCAAGUCGUGGAUGGAGACGUAUUUCAUGGAGCCGAAGGAUGAGGAGAGGACGGUGCAGUUGUUGGAUAGGAUUAAGCACUUCGCGGCAACGACGAUGAAGGAUCACUUAGCUGGUGCGCAAGUCUUGGAAAGGCUUGUUGAGAGACGACAGACCAGUGGUGAUGCUUCAUUCAGAAAGAUGGUCCUGAACCUGACAACGGCCUGUCCACCACCGAUCCUGCCAAAGAAUCUAAAGAGACUGAAGUUCCUGGAUGUUGAUGCUUUGGAGUUGGCGAGACAACUGACAAUUAUUGAAUCGAGGUUGUAUAACAAGAUCAAGCCCGAGGAGUGCUUGGACAAGAACUGGUCGAAACCUGAGGGAAGUGGAGGUGUUGUUGCGGAGAACAUCAAGGCGAUGAUUUUGAACUCAAAUCAGGUCACUGGAUGGGUGGCCGAGGCGAUCUUGACGCAGCCGGAGAUCAAGAAGCGUGUGAACCUGAUCAAGCACUUCAUUGCUGUUGCUGACAAAUGUCGACAACUCAACAACUUUUCAACUUUGACAGCAAUCAUAUCCGGACUCAACUCAGCGCCGAUCCACCGCUUGAAGCGGACGUGGGAGAUGGUAAACGCACGUAUGCUGCAGACCCUUGAAUCUCUCAACAAGGUCAUGAACUCGACCAAGAACUUCUCCGAGUAUCGUGAGAUGCUCCACGUCGUCAACCCACCAUGUGUUCCGUUCCUGGGUGUCUAUCUUACCGACUUGACUUUCAUCGAGGACGGUAAUCCGAAUAUGCUCAAGAAAUCCGAGCACCUCAUUAAUUUCUCGAAGAGAUCGAAGACGGCGGAAGUCAUUCGCGAGAUUCAGCAGUAUCAGUCCGUGCCCUAUUCAUUGCAGCCGGUCCCUGAAUUGCAGGUGUUCAUUUCGAGUAAUUUGAGGGAGAGCAGGGAUGUCACUGAGAUGUAUGAUCUGAGUUUGAACAUGGAGCCAAGGGAGAGGGAGGACGAGAAGAUUGCACGACUGCUGCAGGAAUCGGGUUUCCUCUGA